AUGGUGCUCCUUCCUUGUUGCAUGCCCCUGUCUGAGGUUGUAUAGCCAUGAUUUCUUGAAUUCUCUUUUGUUUAGGAGGACGUGUCUGGAUGUGUCUGAGCUUUUGUGUUAUUGAGUUUCUUUUUAUCAACUUGAGAUGAGUUCUCCGAGCCCAAGCCGAUUAACCUUCGCUACUGACCCUCCUGCCUCCAUCUAUCAAGUCCUAGGGUGACAAGUGUGCACCAAAGGCCCUCCCCCACUUACUCCUCCUGUCUGCUCUGGACUGCUGGGAUCACAGGGGCGAGGCCACCAUAGCUAGUUUUACUUUUUUAAAAUAAAUACUUUAUAGACUUUUAUUUACUUUCUAUUCAUGUGUGGAGGGUCAAAGGACAACUUUUGGUGUGUGAGAAGGCUCAGGGGUUAGGAACUCUCUUCCAGGGCUCUUUCUCUAGAAUUCCUAGAUCCUAACUGUCUUUGCCUUCUGUAGACUUUCGCACAGUGCUCCAGUGAACAACCAGCAGGACACAGCAGCGACCUCUCUGCUGUGGGUGGCUUGUGGCCCAUGGAGCCCGGGCUGCUGAGGCCCGCGCCGGUGAGCGAGGUCAUCGUCCUUCACUACAACUACACCGGCAAGCUCCGUGGGGCGCGCUACCAGCCCGGCGCCGGUCUGCGCGCAGAUGCUGCAGUGUGCCUGGCUGUGUGCGCCUUCAUCGUGCUGGAGAACCUGGCGGUGCUCUUGGUUCUGGGCCGCCACCCUCGCUUCCACGCGCCCAUGUUCCUGCUCUUAGGCAGCCUCACCUUGUCGGACCUGCUGGCGGGGGCGGCCUACGCCACCAACAUCCUGCUGUCGGGGCCGCUCACGCUGCGCCUGUCACCCGCGCUCUGGUUUGCGCGCGAGGGGGGCGUUUUCGUGGCUCUCGCAGCUUCGGUGCUGAGCCUCCUGGCCAUUGCGCUGGAACGCCACCUCACCAUGGCCCGUCGAGGACCCGCACCCGCUGCCAGUCGCGCUCGCACGCUGGCGAUGGCUGUGGCCGCCUGGGGCGCAUCACUGCUCCUCGGGCUGCUGCCGGCGCUGGGCUGGAACUGCCUGGGACGCCUAGAAACCUGCUCCACCGUGUUGCCGCUCUAUGCCAAGGCCUAUGUGCUUUUCUGCGUGCUGGCGUUCCUGGGUAUCCUGGCUGCCAUCUGUGCGCUCUAUGCAAGGAUUUACUGUCAGGUGCGAGCCAACGCUCGUCGACUGCGGGCUAGGCCCGGGUCCCGCAGGGCCACUUCGUCCUCGCGAUCGCGGCACACUCCACGGUCGCUGGCCCUGCUCCGCACUCUCAGCGUGGUGCUCCUGGCCUUCGUGGCCUGCUGGGGACCUCUGUUUCUUUUGCUAUUGCUAGAUGUAGCGUGCCCAGCCCGCGCGUGUCCCGUGCUCCUGCAGGCCGACCCCUUCCUGGGUUUAGCUAUGGCUAACUCGCUGCUGAAUCCCAUCAUCUACACGUUCACCAACCGAGACCUGCGCCACGGGCUCCUGCGGCUGCUCUGCUGUGGCCGAGGGCCCUGUAGCCAGGACUCCUCCAAUAGCUUGCAACGAUCCCCCAGUGCUGCUGGGCCUUCAGGUGGUGGCCUACGACGGUGCCUGCCACCAAGCCUGGAUCGCAGCUCCAGUCCAUCAGAACAUUCAUCUCCCCACCAGGACAGGUUGGACACUAGCUGCUCUACAGGCAGUCCCGGAGCAGCAACCGCCAACCGGACCCUGGUGCUUGCUGCUACAGACUGAUGCUCCCCAGACUGAUUCUCCAAAUAAGCGCAUCAUAUGUAGGAAAUGCCGAGGACGACAGGGACAGAAAAGAAGGAAGGAAAAUUGAUUGACUGUCCCAUUAACAGCAACAGACAAAAAUGCAUGCCUCUUGUACGUUUGACAUGGACAAUGAUAAUGAGAAACAUUUACAGUUGGUGAUGUCACCUGAGCUAGUAAUCCUGAAGCAGAACCAUUCAGUGGUGUGACUGGAGCAGAAGUUGAGGAGGAGUCCCACGCAGAGAUGUGAGAUGACAGGGCAGAUUGUGGGAAAUCCUGUUGAUUCUGAGGAAGGCCUGUGAUUUGACUCUGAGUGAAGUGGAAGCCACAGAGAGUUCUAAACAAAGUCGGGACUUGCCCGGAUUCAGAACUCCACAGGUACCCUGAGUUUAAGGGACAUGACUGGAAGAUGAAGGAUUUUGUAAAGGGGAGGGGUUCCCCGCAUGUUUAGAAGCAGGUGAAGUCUAGAUAGGGUGUGCCAGCAGGAUGAAUGACUGGCUACAGAGGCAGAGUUGAGGAGAACGACAGCAAGGUGACCCUGGAGCCUUUGCCAGAUCUCAGCUGCUAAGUUUUCAGACUGUGGAGUCAGGUUCUUCAUACAAAAUACAACUACAAUUAAAACAAUUAGAGCUGCUGGCCUCACUGUGAUCUUUCAGAAUAAAUGCAUUCAUCUAUUUAUUUAUUAUUUUAUUUUCCCCAGACGAUCCUAAUCAUCAUAUUUUAAAGUGUUUAUUUGCCAGGCAAUGGUGGUGCAUGCCUUUAAUCCCAGCACUUGGGAGACAGAGGCAGGCAGAUCUCUGUGAGUUCCAGGCCAGCCUGGUCUACAGAACUAGUUCUAGGACAGUCAAGGCUACACAAAGACACCAUCUUGAAAGAUGGGCUAGAGAGAUGCCUCAGCAGUUCAGAAUACUUGUUGCUCUUGCAGGAGACCUGGGUUUCAUUCCCAGCACCCAAGUGCUGCUCCUGGCCUUUAUAACCAUUAGUAACUUCAGUUCCAGGGAAUCCAGUGUCCACAUCUGAACUCCAAGAGCACCAGACAUUCAAAUGGUACACAGAAAUGAAUACUAACAAAACACUCACACAUAAAGUAAAUAAAUAUUUUUAAAA